AUAUUUAAUUUCACAAACAAGUAAAUGAAAUAGUCCUAUUACUCAUUAAAUUAAUACAGUUUUGCAAAGGUUGUUCAUUGUUUUCAUUGGGUGUGUUCACAAACAAAAUGUUUUCAACAAAUCCCAACUAUACGAAGCUGAAAACUCAUCUGAGAUUAGCUAUAAAUCGUCUUAAAUUAUUAGAAAAGAAGAAAACAGAGUUAGCUCAGAAAGCCCGUAAGGAAAUAGCCGAAUAUAUCGCUGCGGGAAAAAGUGAACGUGCUAAAAUUCGUGUCGAGCAUAUAAUUAGAGAGGAUUACAUGGUGGAGGCAAUGGAAAUAGUGGAGAUGUACUGUGAUCUGAUUCUGGCCAGAUUUGGGCUAGUAACUCAGAUGAAAGAACUAGAUGAGGGGCUGGGUGAAGCAAUAUCAAGUCUGAUAUGGGUGGCCCCAAGGAUGCAUACUGAUGUCCAGGAACUCAAGAUAAUAUCGGACCUGUUAACAGUAAAGUAUGGCAAAGUGUACGCGGACGCUUGCAGGAGUGAAAGUGUGAACACAAUAAGUGAAAAGUUGAGACACAAAAUAUCCGUUCAGAGCCCACCAAAGAUACUGGUUGAGAAAUACCUAAUUGAGAUUGCUAAGAACUAUAAUGUUGAGUAUAUACCUGAUGAACAGGUCAUGAGGGAAGAAGAAGGUAGAGACGCAAUGCUGAUCGACAUCAACGGGCCACCGAACCCGCCUGGGUUUAUCAAUUACCCGCAACCACCGCAGAUGCCGCAAUUGCCUAACCUACCGCCGCCGCCUAACGUCACACCAUUCAGCUAUCCAUCGCAACCCUCCGGAGGUAAAGCAGGCGGGUUCAUCGCAAAUCAUCCUACCUACGGCGAGUCAAGCAAGCCUAUGACCUACAAUGAACCCCCCGGAAUUGACUCUAAAUCUAUGAUGAACUCCUUUUUGCAGGAGGAAAUGAACAACCUACCUCCCGCUUAUGACAGCAUUGCGCAUGAUUCGCCCACAAACGUGCCGACUCCGCAUGGAUCAACAUCGUACAUACCAAAUCCACAAGUUCCAACACCACAGCCAAGACCUAGAGCACCCAGGCAAAACAAUUACUUUCCCGAGCUACCUGAGCUACCGUCAGUGCCGUCUGACCUGCUCUUACCUUCCGUACCGCAUAGUACUAACUCCAAUACAUCAAACAGCAAUGUACUGGAUGAGAUUGACUUUGAAAAUCUGAAUCGACGGUUCGAGGAGUUGAAGAAGAAGAAGUGAUACACAACAUAUUCUCUGUAUAAUUUUAAGUAUAAACCGCGCAGUUAAAAAACAGAUUUAUAAAAUGCACGCUAUGUCACUCACACAGUACUCGCAUGCCCUUAUAUUGUGCGAAAGAGAUAGCAGAAUAUUGGCCACCUUUUAUAAAUUUAUUCUUUAAGGCCGCAGGUUACAUACAUAUAUACACAUUAUUUUUAAUUAUAAAUCCUGAUUAAAGGACUUGAAUUUGGAAAAUUACUAUGUCGAUUGAUGAAUGAAAAUAUUAUCGCUCAUCUAUAUUGUUCAGCAAGACGCAACUUUUAUAGCCCGCUAUAACGUUUCACUAAGAUCAUUAUAAUAAUGGAGGUGAGUUACCUUGUUAUCGUUAAUUGUUUUACUCUUAAGUUGAUCAAUAAAAAAAAAAAAAGAAAAAAAUACGCGCUUUAAUAAUAAUAAGUCAUCAUUGAAAAUUAUAAACCAAAAUGUACAAGGUGCAAACAAUGUAUUAUAAUUGCUUUAUCUUAUGUAAACAGUUUACCAUAUUAGCACAGUAUAAAAAUGAGAUACAGUAGUUCGAUCUUUCAUCUUCGGAACAUUGUAUCGGGUCGAGGGAAGGAAUGUAAAAAUUAAAUAAGCGGUCCAUCUGUUACGUUCUACUCAACAAUUGGAAAUCACGCUACCUGGAAUAAACGUGCGAAUAAUUAAAUAUAGAUUAGAUUUUACUUUAAAUGUGUCACAAACGCCGCUUGAUUUACACUUUCCCUUCAGCCGAUUUCGACUAGGCUAUGUUUACCGCCAGGGCUAUCUAUUUUGCCGUACCUAAGCUAAAUUGCGGUAUCUAAACCGCGUCGACUUUAUCUUGAUUAUAAUGAAUCUAUUAAAUAAUUUAAUAUAUAUCUCGAAACUUAUUGUUAUCAACUUAAAAAGCAUAUCUUAUUUUUUUUCCUUGCACUCGAACUGAAAAGAAUUUAAUAUAAAUUAUAUACUAACGUGAGCAAGUACUAAAUAAAGAUUUUAGUUUAUUAACAUCAAGAGUGUGAACCAUUGUUAAAAGUUGGGUUUACUGUCUAAUCAUAAUACAUGACAGUGCAGUAUUGUAGUAACGGAACGAGUAAUGUGUGUGUUCUAGCACGAGGCGACGCAAUUCCUAGCUAGAAGUUUUGUUAAGCAAACGCAGUUUCGUUUCAAAACUGUAAAUGGUAUUGUAAAGAAUAAUUUGAUUUGGCAACGAUUGGAAGAAACCGGAUAAAAUGCGGUUCUAUGUAAGUGUACACGGGGUUAAGAAACUUAGAAAAACCUUAUCCGCUCCCCGCACCGAUACUUAGUUUAAGAUAGAACAUGAGCGGUCAAUCAACCGCAUGGAAGGACCUCGAAGACAAACUGGUUAAAACUUGUUUACGAACUAAAAUUUAAAAAUUUGUAUGAAAUGCAUCAAAAGUGCCUUAUUAGGCCUGUUUGAAUAACGUAAUUUUUGUCUUUGAACCGAGCAGCUGUUACUAAUUUUGGUCACAAAAUCUAUUUAACCGAACGAUGAAUUAACCAGUAUCAAGGUUCAAGAAAAAAUUAUGAAUGUAUUAAUCUAUUAUUAUAAAGAGCUAUUCAUUAAUUAAAUACUAUUACGUAAACUAAUAUUUCGUUAUCAUUUUAUUCGAAUAUAAAAUAAGAUAAUUUUUUCAUAGCAUUUAAAGGAUAGUUAUUAUUACCUUCAAUUUAAUUAAAAUACCAUAACCUCAGUAGGAAUUAUUUUAUACUUUUGUAUAUUUAGUACGCCUACUUGUAAGAAAAUGAAAUUAUAUAAAUUAGAAAUGUGAUAGUUCAAGGAGAAAUAAGAUAGGCAGUGUUCAUAAGUAAAUUAUAUUCAAUUUGCAAUAGCAUCGCAACAUUCAUUGUUCAUAUAUGAUUAUUAAUUGUGUAAAAUGUUAUUUUAAUUUUAAUACAUCAUUAAAUUACAA